AUGAAAACCAAGGCUCGUAGUUGCAAGUUGUACUGGGGCUUGACGUUCAUUGCUUACCUCGAGGUUGUGCUCUGGACCACUUGCCUCCUGUCCAGCUGCGUCAACCAGGGGGCCCCUGGAUCUGCGGAGGACUUCGGAUACCUGCAGCGUGAAACGGUUAACCUCAAGGCAGGCUACACCGGUCUCCUCAAGGUCUCGCUCCCGGUCGACGUCAACUUCCGCGGCUUCGACCUCCACACUCAGCUCGAGCACCGCGCGUGGAAGCGCAUCGCUGAAGCCCAUCAGGGAACAGCAGCGGACGAAGAGUACAGACAGGGUCUUGAGCUAGCGCUCCUCCCGGUCUCGAAGGGAACCCCCGCACCGUACGCGGGGAUCAACGCCAUCGACUGA